AUGGCUAAAGGUUUAGAAAGUUUCAAAUUACCAUUGAAAUGGAAACCGGGUGCUGAUCUCAUGAGCAAAAUGCUAUUAAGCGAUCCAGAAAUAAUGCGUAUAAUUAUUCACUCUCUUAUUGAUGUAGAUGUUCCUCCUGAUAGCUACUCAGUAGUCCCAACUGAGUGGGCUGACGGUAGUCGGUCAGACAUGGUUUAUGCGUCCACAGAGUUCCCUCCGAUUUUAAUUGAAAUCCAAUAUCGAGUUAAUCAAGAGUUCAUGCUUAGGCUUAUAAACUAUGCGUCUGAUGUUUAUAAGCGUUACAAAAUGUUACCCAUCGUUCUAGUCAUCGUCACCAAAUCUUUUUCUAGCGCUGAAUUUCAAAAUGAAUUUACCGUCAGUGCUGAGGGACUUCUGCUCGAAACAGGUUGUAAAUUUUGGGCAAAGAAAUGUUUUUUGUUGACUGCGGAUGCUGUAUCUAAUCAUUUCCAGCAAGCAACACUAAAUCCUAUGGCAGCACUGGGUUACUUUCUUACAUUCCACACCAUGAACCAAGUACCUCAACAACAUUGGAAAGAUCCGACGUUAGUGUUAGCAUUCCAUAUUGUAGACGAUAUCCUGGCAAAGGAGGAUAAUGACAUGAUAUUCAAAUCAGAUACCAGGUACCUUAUAAAUCAAGUGAAAAGAAAUCUGAAGAAGAUCAUUGAAGAAAGUAAGGGUCAAGGAACUAGCAACAACAGAAAAACAAUCAUCCACGCCGAAGAAGGGCUUUUCUCAAUUAAACAGAUCCAGGAGUAUCUCGAAGGCAAUGACAGAAGAGAAGGAGAAAGCGAUAACCCAAAGCAAUAUACCAUUGAAGAUGCUGCAUUUAUUGAAACUCUAAGCAAGCCUGGAAAGAGAAAAAACUGGAGAGAUAUUUUUGACAAAGGUAAAGCAAAAGGCCUGUUCAAGUCAUAUAAAUCAUCUGCUACCCUCAAAAGUUCGUAUUAUCAUAUUCAAAAAAGAAACAAGACAUCAAAAGAGUAA